AUGAAGUCACUUCCCGCACGUCUUGCUCGGCCCCUCACGAGACCCUUGUUCCGCAGCUUCAGUACCUCAAGACAAUGCCUUGCCGACCACGUGAGAAUAGUCGAGGUGGGCCCAAGAGACGGUUUGCAGAAUGAGAAGAGCUCAAUUCCUCUCGAGACCAAGCUCGAGCUUAUCAGACGGCUGGCGCAAACAGGCGUCACACAUAUGGAGGCAGGAUCCUUUGUGCCUGCGAAAUGGGUGCCACAGCAGAUGGCGUCGACGGCAGAGAUACUGGAAUCAGUACUGACCCAGCCACCGGCCGCGCCUCACGGGAUCGCAUAUAACUACCUCGUCCCCAACAUUCGAGGGCUGGACAGUCUCGUCAAGAUCUUCCAAGCCAAGGGAGCGCAGAAUCCCUCGGGCUAUCCUACGCCACCCGCGUCUCCUUCGCCAGAACAGUCCGCGGGUCGAAAUGCCAGGGUCGAGGUUCACUCUGGGAACUCGACAGAGGUGUCCUUGUUCGCAGCAGCCACAGAAACCUUUUCGCAAAAGAACACAAAUUGCAGCAUUGCAGAAAGCUUGGAGCGGUGCAAGCCGAUCAUGGAGCUUGCAAAGCAACACAACAUCCGGGUGCGCGGGUACGUUUCAGUUGCCCUAGGCUGUCCGUACGAAGGGCCGGAUGUUGAUCCGCACAAGGUUGCUGAGAUCACUGCGACACUUCUCGAGAUGGGAUGUGAUGAGGUUUCUGUAGCUGACACGACGGGCAUGGGGACUGCGCCUAGGACGAGGAAACUACUUGACACCUUGAAGGAGGCUGGGAUUUUGAACGAGGAUCUCGCAUUGCAUUUCCACGACACAUACGGGAUGGCGCUCGUGAACACGGUUGUUGGCCUGGAGCAUGGCGUGCGAAUCUUUGACAGCUCUGUCGGCGGACUUGGUGGCUGUCCGUACAGCAAGGGUGCCACGGGCAACGUCGCCACUGAAGAUUUAUUGCAUCUCUUGCACAGCCUGGGCUGUGAAACAGGUGUUGAUUUGCCCAAGAUGGCGGAAAUAGGCCAGUGGAUCACAGCACAACUUGGCAGGCAGAAUGACUCGAGAGCUGGGAAAGCUACGCUGUCGAGGAUGAAAGACGCAUAG